UUCCUCUUGGAGUCUGGGAGGAGCAGAGCGGAGCCGGCAGGGAGUGCACCCGGACCAGGGGAACGCCGAGGGCAGGGGACGCCUGGCAGGGGAGACGCGCCGAGGCGGGGCAGGGGUCAGCUGGAGGGUCUGGAGUAGCGAGCGCCCCACGGAGGCCCCGGGAGACGGGAGGGGACUGCGAGAGGACCCCGGCGGCCGGAGCCCCCGUGCCAGCGCCAUGAGGCCGCUCGUCGCCCUGCUGCUCCUGGGCCUGGCGGCUGGCUCGCCCCCGCUGGACGACAACAAGAUCCCCAGCCUGUGCCCGGGGCACCCCGGCCUUCCCGGCACGCCGGGCCACCACGGCAGCCAGGGCCUGCCCGGCCGCGACGGCCGCGACGGCCGCGACGGCGCGCCCGGGGCUCCGGGAGAGAAAGGCGAGGGCGGGAGUCCGGGGCUGCCGGGGCCCCGGGGGGAGCCCGGGCCGCGAGGAGAGGCGGGACCCGUGGGAGCCAGCGGGCCUGCGGGCGAGUGCUCGGUGCCUCCGCGCUCCGCCUUCAGCGCCAAGCGCUCCGAGAGCCGCGUGCCUCCGCCAUCCGACGCGCCCCUACCCUUCGACCGCGUGCUGGUGAACGAGCAGGGACAUUACGACGCCACCACCGGCAAGUUCACCUGCCAGGUGCCCGGGGUCUACUACUUCGCGGUCCACGCCACCGUCUACCGGGCUAGCCUGCAGUUCGAUCUGGUGAAGAAUGGCGAGUCCAUCGCCUCUUUCUUCCAGUUUUUUGGGGGGUGGCCCAAACCAGCCUCGCUCUCUGGGGGCGCCAUGGUGAGGCUGGAGCCAGAGGACCAGGUGUGGGUGCAGGUGGGCGUGGGUGAUUACAUUGGCAUUUAUGCCAGCAUCAAGACAGACAGCACCUUCUCGGGAUUUCUGGUGUAUUCUGACUGGCACAACUCCCCUGUCUUUGCUUGAUGCCCACUGGAAAGUGAGCGGUGUGACACUGACAGCCACAUCAUCCCCGGAGGGCUGGCCCCCCCCUUGGGAUGUUGUGAACGACUCCAGUCCUGCUGCUGGCAGAGAAUGGGGACAGAGGCUGUCUGAGAUCAGGGCUGGCAGUGAGGGGCAGUGGCUGGAUUUCUGCCCAAAACCAAAGGAGCGCUCUGUGCUGGCAGGUGUGGGUCCCCCAGUUGCUCUGACCCAGAAUCCCAGAGGUGGGGGUGCCCUCUUCCUGGUGUUCUGCUUCUCUGGGCCCUCCCUUGUCCCUCCUAUUCCUGGGCCCUUUUCUCAGAGAUUAUUCAA